AUGAACUUGGAGAGGGUAGGCGACGCGGUCAGAUGCCGAGCGUUCCCUGUGACGCUAGCCGGCCCAGCGAUUCGAUGGUUCAACGUCCUCCCACAAAGAUCCAUCACAUCUUUCGCGGACAUCUCCCAAAGCUUCCUGGCUCGGUUCACGACACGCAUAGCCAAGGCAAAACACCCAAUCAACUUGUUGGGGGUUACCCAAAAGCCCGGGGAGCUGACCAGAAAGUUCCUAGACAGAUUCAAUGAUGAGUGUCUAGAGAUUGACGACCUUACGGACUCAGUCGCUAGUCUCUACCUAACGAACGGCCUGCAAAACGAGGACUUUAGGAAGCACCUCACUACCAUGCCUGUCUGGUCCAUGCAAGAAAUUCAAAGUGUGGCCAAGGAAUACAUUAAUGAUGUGGAAGUUGGUCAGGUUGUAUCAGCAAAUAAACGGCAGCUCCUAAACCCCCAGCUCGGCAGGCCACCCAGGUCGACAGAUACAAGGAAGCCCCCCGGGACGGCACCCUUGGCAAGCAAUCCAAGCAACCCUCACGGGUAG